GCAGCUCCGGGGGGGCCCGGGCCGCAUGCGCCCCGCCCGCGGGCCAGCCCGGGCGCGCCGGCUGGCGGCGCACACCACGGUGGCCGCCAUGGGGAGCACCGCCGUCCUCGGGGCCCUGAGGCGUGCGCCGCCGGCCUCCGCCGCCCUGGGCGUCGGCGCCCAUCCAGGCUUAGCCAUCGACCACGGGAAGAACCUGGAGUUGAUGCGCGAGCUGCGCGCGGUGUACCACCGCGGCUACGCGUUUCCCGCGUGGGUGGUGGACCAGUUCGCCAGCCGGAGACCCCGGAGCUCUUCGAGGAGGCUGCCAGGCGGUGCAAGAUAUUCUACGACGACGGCGACGACCCCAAGGUCGUGCUGGAGCUGGCAACCAGGCGCGAGCCCGUCAACAUCGCCAUGCACAGGCUGUUCGACGGGGAGGGGCUCGAGCGGCUGUGCGGGUGGCGGGAGAGGGCCUCUACGCGAGCUCGCGGCGAGGACGCGUCGAGGUCGGAGAACGCCAACUAUACCCGUUGA